AUGACCACUGUAAAGACUCAUCUCCCGGCAGAAGUCAACGGACUGGAUUUGUUGAUAAGACCCGAGCAGAUCACUCUGAUGCAUGCACCGUCCGGAGAGGAUGGACCAACACAUUUCGAGGCAGUUUCUCGUAAACGAUAUCAGAACAUGGCGAGUCGAUGCGCCCAACUACGUAAUGCACUGGCCAAACAACGUGCCGCAACAGCACGCAAAUUUAUGCAAGAUCGAAGAGCGGGAGAUACGAAAGGUUCACUAAUCGGACCCGGAUGCAACGCUUUCACCCGAUCCUCGGUACACGUUCAAACCGGUCUGUUCCUGGAAGAGCUGACAGAAGAAAUUGAGCAAGAUGAUUUCGGCACACAGACAGAUUAUUUUUUGGAUCGUCCACCCACACCACAAUUUGUCCCAGCGAAAACCGGUGUGGAUGUAGCCACACAGAUUUACGACAACGAUCUUUUUGAUUUCAAUCUUGAAGUGCAACAAAUUCUUGAGGUUUUGGUGGGCAAAACAAUGGAACAGGCCCUACUCGAGGUUAUGGAAGAAGAGGAACUGGCUGAUUUACGCUGGCAACAGGAAGUGUUACAGGAGAUUCACAAUGCCGAUCUGGCCGAGGUGGCUCGUCUGGAAGAUCGGAAUAGACGCUACGAGUAA